AAAAACAAACUAUUAAAAUUCCAUGCAGUGAAAGUCAAUUCGUUGGUGUGUUUGGACCAUGGAUUCAACAUUAUUUACCUUGUAAAAAGAAGUACACAUGUCUUUUCAAAGGUCCAAGUGCUGAUGCAACAAUGUCAAUGAUAUUACAGGAUACAGAGUGGAGUAGGUGA